UCUGAGGCUCGCACGAACACAAUGACUUGGAUCAAACAGCCUAAAUGGCAAGAAGGGUAUUUCUACUGGAUCGAGGAAGCCCUGAAACUCCUGCGUGCUCUCUCCUUGCAUGCGUCCAUGCACCCGCCCGCCCUCCUCUAUCGCUGACCAGAGAUGAUUUCUGACGAUCCUUGAAAGCUGGGAGAAUUAUGGCUGGAAAAUGAAACGACGCUGGAGUGUGGCCACAUCAUUAUUUUGUGUCGCGCGGGACCAGAUGGGCAGUCAGUGAAUGGCGCAGGGAUGUGAUGGACAGUUUUAUAACGUGAUUUUCCCCCCAGAAAGCUAGAGCAGGCUUCGUUUCCCUCUAUUUCCUUUCGGUCUGUAGUACUUGCAUUCUCCCCCUCUCUGCAAUAUCAAUUAAACUCAACUUCGCAGUGGAGUGGCCAAAAGGGAAGAGGAUGAAUUGGUCUCUAUAAUCUUGGUAAGAGUCGGAGGAGUUACGGCGACCAGGGGACUGCGGCUGGGACCCUGUGCGUCCUGUGCAGAUUGCAGGGUGGAUACGCACAGGCGGUUAUGGAGCGGAUGGUGCUCUGGAUCCGCCGAGGAUAGACAACCCUGGCGGCUGGAGGGGCCCUCUGACCUCGGGGCCCACUUAGAAGCCGCUGCCACCUCGCAGCCGCAGCAUUUUCCUGCCGUUAGCAUCGCUCUUGAAAAGUCAUGGAAGACGCGACAGUGCCAGACCUCAGAGACAUCGAGCUGAAGCUGGGGCGCAAAGUGCCGGAGAGCCUAGUGCGCUCGCUGCGUGGGGAGGAGCCGGUUCCCCUGGAAAGGAUCAGGGACCCCAGUGGGGGGAGCAGCGGCGGCGGCGGCGGCUGUAGUAGCAGCAGCAGCUGCUGCAGCCUCCCUCCCUCCUUGUCGUCCUCCUCUUCGUCCUCCCCAACCUCGGGCUCCCCAGGAAGACGUAGCCACUCCAGCACCCUGGAGAGGCUGGAAACCAAGCUGCACCUCCUCAGGCAAGAGAUGGUUAAUCUCAGAGCCACGGACGCCAGGCUCAUGCGCCAGCUGCUUGUUAUCAAUGAGAGCAUUGAGUCCAUCAAGUGGAUGAUUGAAGAGAAAGCCACCAUCACCAGCCGAGGCAGCAGUCUCAGUGGCAGCCUGUGCAGCUUACUGGAGAGUCAGAGCACCUCCCUGCACGGCAGCUACAAUAGCCUACAUGACGGCAGCGAUGGGCUGGAUGGCAUCUCUGUGGGGAGCUACCUGGACACUUUGGCAGAUGAUGUCCCAGGCCAUCAGACCCCGUCAGACUUGGACCAGUUCAGUGACGGCUCCGUAAUAGAGGACUCCCAGGCACUGCACAAGCAUCCCAAAUUGGAUUCUGAAUACUACUGCUUUGGCUAAUGACCCAGGUUUUUUGCAUGGGAUUAGUGUGCAAUUAACUUGUAUUUAUCUCUCUUCUCUGCUGCUAUAUUUUUGGUGUGAUUUUUUUUUUUACAUGAUAACCUUUAAAAAAAGAAGCAUAUUUUGAAACUGCUUGAUGAUAUUUCUGUUGCUCCUAAUAUUUCUAAUCUGGAUUCAUCUAUUUUUCUCUCUUACAUCUCUAUUUUUAUUUAUUACAAUGAUUUUUUUUCCUCUCCCUUCUUUUACAGUGGCACAAAUAAAGAAGGGGGAAAGAAUAAGCAAUAAUUAUGUUUUUGCUUUUGUUUUCAGAGCAAGGGGUCAGGGAUUACAUCAAAAAACUUUGCUACAUUUUUCAAUAAACCAAAGUCUGAUGACAGCUAAUUUUGUUGCUUGCAUUCCUAAAUGAUUCAAAGUGUCAUUGUCUAGAAGAUACCGAGGUUUAUUACUGUUUUAUAGAGUAGACUGAACAAAAUGCUUGGGACCAAGUUAGGUAUUAUUUCCAGUUCACAACUUCCUAGCAUAAAAAUCAACAAAACUGUUAGUCACGCAUUUUUAUGGCAAUCAUUUGGAUGACCCAACUAUAUGAAAUCUAUUCAGUUCAACUUGGUGUUCAUAGUGUAGAUCAGCACUUUCUCAU